AUGCGGCACACAAUUACGCCUCAGCAUCAUCCCCAGCAGCAGCAACAGCAGCAACAGCAGCUGCAGAGUCAGCAGCCCUUGCACUUCGCGCCCCUGACACAACAUUCGCUUGCACAGCAGCAGCAACUACAACAGCAGCAGCGACUCCAACAGCAGCAACACGCUCUAAUUGCCCAGUACAAUAACAGUCGAGGAGAGCAGCAUCUAGCAGGGCCAAUUGGUUCCCAACAAGCGUAUCAGUUAUAUAAUACGACACACAAUGAUCCAGACCAUACGUCCUUGGUGUCCCAGCAGCAACAGCAACAACAACAGUUGCAGGAAGGGCAGUUUUACAUGUCUGCGAUACAGCAGCAGACCGCCCUACAGAAUCAAUUGGGACAGCAAGCCCUGCAACAGCAGCAGCAGCAACACUCCAAGCAAUCAGCAUCUGGAAAGCAAAAGACCGCGUCUCAUUAUGGCCAGAGAUAUAAUCCCAUUUACCCUUCACCAGCACCCUCGUCCACCACUCCAGACUUGCCCAAUGCCUCACUCAGCGUCUCCCAUACUGCCACCGUCACUCCUCUUCCCAUACCUGUAUCUGAAUCAACGGCCCCUAACUCCUCAACUAUGAAUUCAGUCAGGCAGUCGCUAACUCCCCAGCUCUCGCCAUAUUUGAAUACCGCAGGGUCAAGUAGUGACAACUUGACGCCGUCUUGGUCGUCUGCUCAUCCGUCCUCAAGCCCGUCUUCUGUCGCGUCAUUGCCAGCAUAUAUGUACACUAACGAGACAAAGCACGCGUCUGUACCGGGCACAGACCUUGCCAUCUCGAAUCCUUUGACAGCAAACAAUCUUUAUGCAAGAUCACUCCAUACGCCGUUCUACCAGAUGGAUGUGGCUACCAUCAAUGGGGCUCCCCUUGGUUAUGGCUCUCAGUUACCCAGUGAUAUGCCGUUGUUGGGAACGCCAGUUACGCUAGCAGCCGGCAAUGCUCUCUCCCAAUCCUUAGCAUUGUCUCACUCGGGACUACCUGUUUUUGAUGUUAAGGCCUAUACAUUCCGCAAAAAACCCAGGCAUUACGUCGCAGUUAAGCAUAAGAAUGCUUUACGUAUUGAGCCCAUUAUUUAUCUCAAGACCAGUAUUCUGGAUGAACAUCGGCAGGUAGUCCGAAACUGGGAUUAUUUGCGAUUCAACCUUGACCGGUUCAGGGACAAUGCACAGCCCAAAAAGAAACUGAGCUCUGAAGGCAAGCAUUUUGGACAUCACUAUGAGCUCUGUAAUAUGAAAAAUUCAGAACACUUCUAA